UCGGUGUUAGCAAAUGUAAUGCUAAUAUGCUAGGCUGCAAAUCAGUCGUCUGUCGGGCGCGACUGGUUUUUCUAGGGUUACGCAAAACCAUUGUGUAGUGUUCCGGUUCCACACUCCCUGCUGUCUCGCGCGCUGUCUCGCGCGCUGUCUCCCUCCCUGGACACGACAGGAAAUUGCACAAAUAAACAAUUUUUUGUUCCUCCUAGGUGGAUGAGGGAACUCUCUUUAUAGAGUUUCGUUUGAUGGUCUGAGCUGGAAUCUGUAGAUUUGGGUGAUAGGUCCUCAGAAGAUGGAGACUUCCUUAGAGAUUGAUGAGAAAUUGCCCGAAGCUGGAAACAAGCUUCUUAAGCCUCCCCCGUCCGUCGAGGAACUGGUCCCUUUACUGGACGUACAGGAACAUCCAAAGAUAAAAUAUGACAAACGCCUUGUUGGUUUCAGAGUCCAAGUUUGGUGGCCUUUGGAUAAUAAAUACUAUGACGGUCAAAUAGAUUCUUUUGAUCGUGUUACUAAGAGGCACAGGAUUGUAUACAAUGAUGGAGAGGUAGAAGACCUGGAUCCUAGACGUGAAAAAUGGAAGAUUGUCAGUGAAAUUUUGACAGAAAGAAAGGAUUUGGACGAGCCUUCAAACCCCAACGUUUCUGCUGAAAUGGAGAGGCAGAAGCAGGAAAAGAGUAAAGGGCUUGCUGAAAUAUCACCAUCCAAGCAUGUCAAGUUUGAUGUUUCACCUAAGGAGAGGCAGAAUAAGGAAAAAAGUAGAGGGCUUGCUGAAACAUCAUCAUCCAAGCAUGAGAGUUGCAAAAAACGAGUGCGCGGCUUGCUGAAAAAUCAUUAUCCAAGCAUGUCAAGUUUGAAGUUUCACCAAAAUCCAGAGGAAAAGUUUGAGGUACUUGAGAAAUAUGGGACUGACUUGACAAAACUGGCCAAAUGUGGAAAACUUGACCCUGUAAUAGGGCUGAUGGAUAGUCUACCCGAGGUAUAUAUCCGAAGGGUUAUUGCGGGAAGUAACUUAGAGAGAAGUCAGAGCAAGUAAAUAAAAGUAGAGAGAGAGUGUAUUCAGUAUGAAUGACGUUUUCAGCGUGGUUACAAAUGGGGAAAUGGGGUGCUAUUUAUAGUAGCAAUAAAUGCCGGGCAGGGACACGUGUCAAGCGCUCAUUGGUCGAGGGGUCACCUCAACUGGUUGGCGCUGGCAGCCGCUGGCAGCCGCAUGUGGCCGCAUUUAAUGCGGCUGUUGGAUGGGACGUCUGUGCGGGGCACGAUGAUCUGUACGCAUGUGAGGCGGAUAUCUAGUCGAGUGAGAUGCCUUCGGCUAUAGAGCAGUAGCCGAGGGCUCUUCCACCCGAUGGCACCCUGGUGCCGAGGGCUCAUAGUGCCGAGGGCUACUUUUUUCGCCGUUUUCUCCCAGUUUCUUAAUUUGCUUGAGAAACCCGUUCUGUGAGAAUUUAGAGCCUUCGGCCAGGGGGCCGAAGGCACCCCUGACGCGUAGUGCGGGUUGCUUGGUACUCUGGGCGCUGUGAUUUGGGCCUUUUGGGCCUGUUGGGCCUUUGCUGGAGUAGUACGAGUCUGUGGGCCGGGUUCCCGGGCCAUAUACUCCAUCAAGGGCGUGAUGAUGAAAUACGGCUUUGCAUUCAAAUUUUCAGCUGGAGGACAAAAACAACCCUUUAAUUAUUGGUGAGCCUGGUGUAGGAAAAACCGCAAUUGCUGAAGGGUUGGCACAGCGCAUAGUCCGUGAAGAUGUUCUAGAACCUCUCACGAAUCGAAAAUUGAUAUCAUUGGAUAUGGGUGCACUACUUGCUAGCUACAAGUUCCGUGGAGAAUUCGAGGGGAGGUUAAAAGCUGUUUUAAAGGAAGUAACUGCUUCGAAUGGACAGAUUAUACUAUUUAUUGAUGAGCUCCACACAGUAGUUGGUGCGGGCACUACUGGUGGGGCAAUGGAUGUUGGGAACUUAUUGAAACCGAUGCUUGUCCGUGGUGAACUUAGAUGCAUAGGAGCAACUACACUAAUUGAAUACAGAAAAUAUGUCGAAAAGGAUCCUGCAUUAAAACGUAGGUUUCAGCAAGUAUAUUGUGGUCAACCGUCUGUAGAAGAUUCACUUUCCAUUCUUCGUGGAUUGCGAGAACGGUAUGAACUGCAUCAUGGGGUCAAAAUAUCUGACAGUGCUCUUGUAUCAGCAGUUGCUCUUGCAGAUAGAUACGUUACCGAGCGGUUUUUACCGGACAAAGCCAUUGACCUUGUUGAUGAAGCUGCUGCAAAUCUGAAAAUGGAAAUCAUAUCAAAGCCUACUGGGUUAGAUGAAUUAGACUGGACAAUAUUAAAGCUAGAAAUGGAGAAGCUUUCUCUUAAAAGUAACACUGAUAACGCAUCUAAAGAAAGGCUGUGCAAGUUGGAAGGUGAUCUAACAUCACUGAAACAAAAGCAACAAGAGCUAACUGGACGAUGGGAGCAUGAAAAAAGACUGAUGAGUCGUAUAUGGUCAAUCAAGGAAGAGUGUGACAGGGUUAACCUAGAGAUGGAAGCUGCAGAGCGUGAAUAUGAUCUAAACCGUGCAGCUGAACUUAAGUAUGUAACAAUGAUGUCUCUUCAUCUUCAACUCAAGGAAGCUGAGAAAAAUGUUGCUGAUUAUCCAAAGUUUGGAAGCACUCUACUCCAAAAGGAAGUAACAGACAUUGACAUUGCUGAAAUUGUCAGCAAGCGGACUGGUAUUCCUUUAUCAAAUCUUCAAAAGUCAGAAAACGAAAAACUUGUACUGUUAGAGAACAUUCUUCACAAGAGGGUUGUUGGUCAGGACAUGGUAGUGAAAUCUGUAGCCGAUGCAAUCAGACGUUCGAGAGCUGGGCUAUCUGACCCUAACAGACCCAUUGCAAGUUUCAUGUUCAUGGGUCCCACGGGUGUUGGUAAAACCGAGCUUGCAAAGGCUCUUUCUGGCUACCUUUUCAAUACUGAAAAUGCUCUCUUGAGGAUCUAUAUGAGCGAAUAUAUGGAAAAACAUGCAGUUUCACGCUUGGUUGGGGCCCCACCAGGUUAUGUUGGUUAUGAAGAGGGUGGGCAACUCACAGAAGUAAUCCGACGGAGGCCUCAUUCGGUUGUUCUUUUUGAUGAAAUUGAGAAGGCACAUCCCGAUGUUUUCAACAUUCUUUUACAGUUGUUGGAUGAUGGGAGAAUAACUGACUCCCAAGGAAGAAUGGUUAGCUUCACAAACACCAUUGUGAUAAUGACAUCAACCAUCGGUUCACAAUAUAUUCUUGAAACUCUUCAAAGCUCACUUGGUAGCAAAGAGUCUUUUUAUGGACUCAUGAAAAAACAGGUUGUAGACUUGGCAAGACAAACUUUUCGGCCCGAGUUCAUGAAUCGAAUUGAUGAGUACAUUGUUUUCCAACCUCUGGGCAUGGAGCAAGUUAGCCAAAUUGUCCAAAUCCAGAUGAACCGUGUAAAGAAGCGACUCAAACAGAAGAAAAUUGAGUUGUAUUAUACGGAAGAAGCUUUAAGUUUUCUGGCUACUAUGGGAUUUGACCCUAACUUUGGAGCCCGACCUAUCAAGCGGGUGAUUCAACAAAUGGUUGGGAAUGAAGUAGCAUUAGGUGUGUUGAAGGGAGAUUUUAAGGAGGAUGACUCUAUUGUUGUUGAUGUUGAUAGAGUGCGGGAUUCCACUGCCCAAAACAGGUUGAUCAUCAAGAAAAUGUUGUAAUGAAACCAUGGUCGCUAAUGAUUGAUUGAUAUACCUUGUUAAGAAGAUGUUGUACAUUAUUAGGAAGGGUGUUGUGUAAUUCCGUGUUCUUUUAUUAAAUGUAUAGGGAUGUUUUUUGAAAUUUGCUGGUGUAGUCUUGUCUGUUUUAGUCUGGUCUGAAAUUUUAUUUUAACUGAAGUAUUAUUUAUAUAUUAUAAUUUAUAAAUAAUUAUUUUUCAUUCAUAUGUAAUUAAAAAUAAUAAAUUUUCUUCCAAAUUAUCGAAAGAUGUAAUGUUUUUACUGGGAUUGAUUCCACUCCCGGACCAGACUGGAUCAGACCAGAUUAUACCUAAACAAACCAGAUCAGAACAUACCAGCUCAUAACAGACCAGAACGGAUUUAAAUAGAUCAAAUCAAACCAAAUCAGAAAAUUUAAUCCAAUUGAAAAACAUCUGUAAAAUAUUCAUAUGUAUAAUAAUAUACUUUGCAUCUUGUACUCCGAGUCCGAGUAUAACCUUUCUAGUUUUUUACAUGAAUAUUAUUGGUGGUAAUUAGUUAGACAAAAAAGUGAUCAGUUACAUAGAAACAUACCCACUGAUGAAAAUAAACAUAUGAAAUGUCCCAAAUGUCACAUGCCGUUUCAAAGGUAAUGCAAAGGAAGGCUGAAAUUCAGGGAUUGGGAGUAAUGAGUGUGCAGUGGAGAAUCAUUUGGGGGAAACUGCCAAAUAAAAAGUGCAGGAACGCUGGAAAGAUAUGCAGGCGGAAGGGUGAAGUGCUGAACAACGAAGGAAGAAACUGGGAAGGGAGAUGGGGACACUUGCCUGUUGGUGAAUGUAUUAAUAGGAGAUCAGUGAAGUUGGCAUAAAGUAUCCAAAACCAAAUCCAUCCAUGGUAUGAUCAUGAAGUCCAUAACAACCUAUGGUGAACUGGUUUAACACUUGAAAGGCUUUUUGGGUGGUAGGAGGUUAACCAACCUGUGCAUAAAAGCAGAACGACUGGAAGCCCGAAGACCAAGAGAGUUCCAUCCACCGAGGGAAUUCGGACGUAAUAGAAAACUUGUAAUAAUUCAUUACCAAUAUAGAGUUAUGAGUGACAAAUAAACACAAAUUGUCACACUAGUUUCUGUUUUUCGAAGUACUUUUUGUUUCAUAUUGGAACAUUCUGAAUUUCUGAUGUCUGAGAUGCCAUGGCUUAGUAUUUGACUUUGUGGACAGGAAUACAUGACUAAUAUUCAUUAAUAAUGUUAUGUUCAGUUUAUAUGUAAGCUGCUCUAUCCGGAUUGUGUGAAUAAAUGUAGUG